AUGAGAAUCCUAGAAACUGGACCCGACCCUUCAGACAUAUACCGUCCGGAGCAGCAAAUUACUGGCGAUCCAGAGAAGAAAAGUGGUUUCAGGAAUUUUGAGAGUGGGGAUCUCAUUGAACGAGUGUACAACACUUACAAACUGAUGCACACCAAUCAGACUCUGAAGUUCGUGAAACAAAAGCAUGCAGAGUGGUCAAACUGCAGCCACGCCCACAUGACUGUGAUGGAAAGUCUAGACUGUCUUGAUCAGCUGGUGGAUCAAUCAGACCCUGACGUGGAUUUUCCAAACUCUUUCCAUGCUUACCAAACAGCAGAGGGGAUCCGCAAAGUACACCCAGACAAAGGCUGGUUCCAGCUAGUUGGUCUCAUUCAUGACAUUGGGAAGAUUAUGGCUCUCUGGGGACAGCCACAGUGGUCAGUGGUUGGUGAUACUUACCCUGUUGGCUGCAAGUUCCAGAACUCCAUUGUCUUCAGGGACACAAGCUUCAAUGACAAUACAGAUGACAAAGACCCACGUUAUAAUACUCAGAAUGGUAUAUACAAACCAAAUUGUGGCCUGGAGAAUGUACUGAUGUCCUGGGGACACGAUGGUAAGGAGACAAAUUACAACACACUGUUGUACCGAAUGAGUAAGAGUUUCUUCUCCUGUUUUAAAAUUCCAGAAUACAUGUACAGAGUGAUGACGUUUAACAACUGUUCCAUCCCUGAAGAGGGCUUGUAUAUGAUCAGAUACCAUUCCUUCUAUCCUUGGCACACUCACAAAGAGUACAUGCACCUGUGCAAUGAAAAGGACCUGAAGAUGUUACCAUGGGUGCAAGAAUUCAACCAAUUCGAUCUUUAUACCAAGAGUACGGACCUGCCCGAUGUGGAGAAGAUCAAGCCAUACUAUCAGUCUCUCAUUGACAAGUACUGCCCAGGGAAAUUGUUCUGGUGAGAUGAUGCCUGGAUUCAAAGCAAGCUGAUGAAGACACUAGAGUGGGCAAAAUGGAUUCAAGACAUUUCAGGGAAAGGCUGUUUGAGCUUGAGAAAUAAUCCAUGAUAUAAUUAUUACUGAUGCACCUGUAAUAAUUACAGAAUAGAAAGUUCAUUUUGCAAUGUUACUCGAUCGUGAUUAUGUCAGAAUGCUAAGAAAGGGAUGCCUUUCAUUUCUGAAGUCACUCCACUUUUACUGUUCUAUUUAGAUAUUUAGAAAUCUCAUCACUUUAAAUUUAAAGACACACACACACAAAAAAAAACAGUAAUAUGCAACCAACAGACAGGUGCAGAUUUUGCUUUUAGCAACAUGAUGUUUAAAAGACAGAAAUCAAGGUAGGGUUGGAUAGCGAGGUUAAGAAAUGUACAUACCGGUACAUGCUUAUGGGAACUUACCUAGUUUGUGACAUUCAAAACUUAACCCUUGGAUUAUGAACAUGUUUGUUCAAUUGCAGCUACCUUUCACUGGGGGAUCUUGGAUUCUUAACAAAUAUAUAAGCUUCCAGUUUUAAGAACAGUCUAUUUCCAAUAACCAGCCAAAGUUUAUAGUCUCACAUUCCUCAAUGAAGAGUUGAUUUUAAUAAAGAAAUAACUUGGCACUGUGACAAUUGGCUUCAAUUCAUAUAUUUGAUUUGUACAUAAGCAAAGCUGAAAUGCUUAAAUGGUUAUUUUGGAAUAUUACACAAAUUAGAAAUCCUGCUUGCAGACAGCUUAUCAGACAGUGUUUGCAAAUUGUUGAUUAUACAGUAUAUACAUUGUUGAUUAUACAGUAUAUAAAUGGCUAAUUUGGAACUGCAGAAGUGAAGUUUUGCAUUGUUUUAAUUUCCUUAAUAUAAAACCAAUUCUUGAUUCAGUAAUGGCAAUUCAUGUGAAUAUAGGAUAGGAGCUGUCAUAACUCAAAAAUAAAACCUUGCUUGUGAGCAUUCCAAAACCUGCCUCCCCCUAUAGAAUAUGUGUGAUCAAUUGUAUAACUAAUUAAAGCAAUUUUCAGUGAGAUUUAAUUCCCAGCACAGAUUAUCUUUUGUGCUCAAUUUCUUGUGAUGGGUAAUGGGUCAAAGCUCUAACAAAGCCAAUAGGAUCAUUCUUUGCAGUAGUUUUUGAGAACAUGGAGGACCGAGGAAACAUUCCAGCAACAGAAAUGUGCAAGCCAGUCUAUUUCACAAUGACCAAUUACAUCAAAAUCUGUGUCUACAAGGAUUAUUACCCAGAAAAUUACUGCUUUUCCUAAAGUGCUAGGUCUGGGUUGAAGAAAACAGCCAAAUAGUUUAUACAAAUCUAUUUCAGAAAAGAAGAAAAAAAAAAAACACAUUCUUCAUUAAUUAAUUAAAAAUUAAAAAAAAAAAGCUUUUUU